AUGGUUUUCUUUGAGAACUUGUAAAAGGUUAAGGAGCAUAACAGUAAUCCUAAUAACACCUAUUCUAUCUGUUUAAACUAAUUCUCAGAUAUGACUAUAGAAGAAUUUGCUGAAAAAAUUCUUAUGAAAUAGGAUUUGGUUGACCAUUAUAUGAAAGGAAUCAACUGGAGAACAUAAGGUGCUGUAACUUCAGUUAAAUACUAAGGUAACUGUGGUUCGUGCUGGAGUUUCGCUGGAGCUGCCUUAAUGGAGUCAUUUAACUUCAUUUAAAACAAAGUUUUGGUUGAUUUUUCAGAGCAAUAACUUGUUGAUUGUGUCAUAUCUGCAAAUGGUUACUACUCUUAAGGAUGUAAUGGAGGAUUUGCUGUUGAAUCUCUGGAUUAUGCCUCUAAAGUAGGUAUCACUACCUUAGACAAUUAUCCCUAUAUUGCAGUUUAGAAAAAUUGUAAUAUGACUGGCACAAAUAAUGGCUUUAAGCCUAAAUAGUGGAUUUAAGUUCCAAGCACUUCAAAUGACUUAAAACGUGCUUUGAAUUUCUCUCCUGUUUCUGUUUAUGUUAAUGCUUAUAAUUGGGGUGGUUAUAAGUCUGGAAUUUACAACGGAU